GAUGCUUUCGGUUUUGUUUUGCUCGGAUCUCGCUAAAGCUGCAGUGGUUUAGACACACACAAAACUCAAAAAUACUGGGUUCAGACUGUUGGGUCAUUUUAUUGGGUAGUUUUUAAUAUUUUACCGAGGUGCUGGGUAGUUUUUCUGUAACUAAGUUGUUGGGUGAUUUUUAACGCUGGGUUGAUCUUGUAUCUGAUGAAACAUCCGAGAGUUACAGUCAGAAGAACACAGAAGAGAGCUGUUCUCAGCGCCGUCGAUUUGGUGCACUUCUUCAGCGAAAUAAAGACGUAUCUGUGCAGCUUCAUGAAGACUGAAUGAAUCAUGGAGGACACACAAGCAUUCAGAGAUGGAGAUGUUUCUCCAGGAUGCAGUCAAUUUCAGGGGGACAGAUCAAACUCACCAGAGCCCAGCUGUGUGUCCAUGAAGAGUAACCAGUCUAUAGAUAAAAUAAUACAUUUUCAGGGAAGACACACAUCACCUGAUCUCAGUGAGCAGUCUGUGGACACUCCAGGAACAUUUACGGAAAAACAUGUGUCAUCUAAUAUGAGUCGUGACUCUCAACUGGACCAAAGCAGAUUCAAAUCAAAUCUGCUGAAGAAGUUUGAGCAUCUGUAUGAAGGAACAGCGAUGCAGGGAAGCCCAACUCUCCUGAAUGAGAUCUACACAGAGCUCUACAUCACAGAGAGUGACAGUGGAGAGAUCAAUAAUGAGCAUGAGGUGAAACAGAUUGAGACACAAUCCAGGAGAGCAGCAACAGAGGACACAGCCAUCAAAUGCAAUGACAUCUUUAGAGCUUUACCUGGACAAGACAAAGCCAUCAGAACUGUGCUGACAAAGGGAGUCGCUGGCAUUGGAAAAACAGUCUCUGUGCAGAAGUUGAUCCUGGACUGGGCUGAAGGGAAAGAGAAUCAGGACAUCCAGCUCAUAUUUCCACUUCCUUUCAGAGAAAUCAACCUGAUGAAGGACAAAACACUCAGUCUUUCAGAUCUUCUUCAUGUCUUUUUCCCUGAAACAAAAGAAAUAGAAAUAUCCAGUGAUGAAUAUAAAGUGUUGUUCAUCUUUGAUGGUCUGGAUGAGUGUCGUCUGUCUCUGGACUUUAAGAGUAAAGUGAAACUGUGUAAUAUAUCUGAAUCAGCCUCAGUGGACGUGCUGCUGAUGAACCUCAUUGUGGGGAAUCUGCUUCCCUCUGCUCUCAUCUGGAUCACCUCCAGACCAGCAGCAGCUGAUCUCGUCCCCUCUGAGUGCGUCCAUCGAGUGGCAGAGGUACGAGGCUUCAAUGAGCCACAGAAGGAGGAAUACUUCAGGAAGAGAAUCAGUGAUCAGAGUCUGGCCAAUACAAUCAUCUCACACCUGAAGUCAUCAAGGAGCCUCGACAUCAUGUGCCACAUCCCAGUGUUCUGCUGGAUCUCAGCUGCUGUUCUGGAGAAGAUGUUGAGUCGAGCAGAGAGUGGAGAGAUUCCCAAGACUCUCACUCAGAUGUACACACACUUCCUGAUCCUUCAGACCAACAUCAAACAUGAGAAGGACUAUGAGAAGACAGUCAAAGAUGAAGAUAUGAUUGUCAAACUGGGGAAACUGUCUUUUCAGCAGCUUGUGAAAGGAAACCUGAUCUUCUAUGAGGAAGACCUGAGAGAGUGUGGCAUUGAUGAGACAGAAGCAUCAGUGUACUCAGGAUUGUGCACUCAGAUCUUCAGAGAGGAGUUGGGCUUGUAUCAGGGGAAAGUCUUCUGCUUUGUUCAUCUGAGCAUCCAGGAACAUCUAGCAGCUCUAUAUGCACAUCUCUCCUUUACAAAGAAGUACAUAAAUGUGUUUGGCCAAACCAAACAAAGUCUGUUAUCUAAGAUUUUAAACCAGAAAAAAAAUGUUUCAGUAUCUGAGCUGCAUAAGAGAGCUGUAGAUCAAGCUUUACGAAGUAAAAAUGGACAUCUGGACCUUUUCCUGCGUUUUCUUCUGGGUCUUUCACUGGAGUCCAAUCAGACUCUCUUACGAGAACUACUGACACAGACAGGAAGCUGCUCCUACAGCAAAGAGGAAACAGUUAAUUUCAUCAAACAGAAGAUCAGGGAGAAUCACUCUUCAGAGAGAUCCAUCAAUCUGUUCCACUGUCUGAAUGAACUGGGAGAUGAUUCACUGAUGCAGGAGAUCCAGGGUUAUCUGAGAUCUAGACAAAUAGGAGAAAACAAACUCUCCUCUUCACAGUGGUCAGCUCUGGUUUAUGUGCUGCUGACAUCAGAGCAGAAGAUGGAUGAGUUUAAUCUGAAACAGUUUAUCGGAGCCCAAAAUCCAGCAGAUGAAGUUCUUCAGAAGCUGCUGCCUGUGAUUAAAGAAUCCAGAUCAGUUCAGUUGAGUGAUUGUGGAGUCACAGAUGAAGGUUGUGCUGCUCUGGCUUCAGCUCUGAGAUCAAACCCCUCACACCUGAGAGAACUGGAUCUGUCUGGAAAUAAACUAGGAGUGUCAGGAGUGAAGCUGCUCUCUGAUCUACUGAAGGAUCCUCACUGUAAACUGGAGAUACUCUGGUUGAGUUAUUGUGGAGUCACAGAUGAAGGUUGUGCUGCUCUGGCUUCAACUCUAAGAUCAAACCCCUCACACAUGAGAUAUCUGGAUCUGACUGGAAAUAAACUAGGUGCAUCAGGAGUGAAGCUGCUCUCUGAUGGACUAAAGGAUCCUCACUGUAAACUGAGCAUACUGAGGUUGAGUUAUUGUGGAGUCACAGGUGAAGGUUGUGCUGCUCUGGCUUCAGCUCUGAGAUCAAACCCCUCACACCUGAGAGAACUGGAUCUGACUGGAAAUAAACUAGGAGUGUCAGGAGUGAAUCUGCUCUCUGAUCUGGAGAAUGAUCCACAUUAUAAACUGAAGACGCUUAAGUUUUAGAUGUUAGUCUGAUCUUCUCUGAUCGCUGAUGCUGAAUAAAAAGCCGCUACAGACAGACAUCACAUUCAACAGAAUCAACACACAAACACACAUUUUGUACAGUUUUUAUCAUCUUUAUUCUAAAUAAAUUGUCAUGACGUUUCAGUUUUGAUGUGUCAGGAUUAAGCAAAAGCUUACAGACGUCUACGAGAUCUCACACGACUGAUAUACAUUAGAUGGUACACUACAUA